AAACACGUAAUACCCAUAAAACGGAGAUUACUGUCUGUUCUUGUUUUGCUAUCCGAUCGACGCCAUGUUGAAUCGACGUCACGAUGUAGAUGAGAAUGGUCUAGACACCUCCACUGUGCUGUCUCAACUGUUCCUGAUGUCGGAGGACCUUUAUGAGAAGUUUCUUACACCUGAGGAUCCCUGCCCGCUUCUGUCCCAGAGGGUAAACUUGAGUGAUGAUGGCACACCGGAUAUAAGCGAGUUUGAAUGUCAGUUGUCCUCUUGUCAUCGCACAGAUCCACUGCAUCGUUUCAACACCAACAGAUGGAACCUGACAUCUUGUGGCACAAGUGUGGCAAGUUCAGAAUGCAGCGAGGAGUUGUUCUCCUCAGUGUCAGUUGGAGACCAGGAUGACAGUUUCUCUCUGCUAGAUGACCAAGAGUUUACCUCCUAUGAUCUGUUCCCAGAAGGCAGUGUCUGCAGUGAUGUGUCGUCAUCCAUCAGUACAUACUGGGACUGGUCUGACAGUGAGUUUGAAUGGCAGCUGCCCGGAAGUGACAUUGCCAGUGGAAGUGAUGUGUUGUCUGACAUCAUCCCCAGCAUACCAAGCUCACCUUGUCUGAUCUCUAAAAGAAGGAGCAAACUUCACAGAAACCUUGAUGAACUUCCCUGGAGUGCAAUGACCAAUGAUGAACAGGUGGAAUAUAUUGAAUACCUCAGCCGAAAAGUGAGUACUGAAAUGGGUCUUCGAGAGCAACUGGACAUUAUAAAGAUUAUCGACCCAAUGGCACAGAUAUCUCCGACAGACAGUGAAUUCAUCAUUGAGCUGAAUCGUCUAACAGAUGAGAAGCUCAAACAGGUGCGGAGCUACAUCUGUGAUCAUGGACCACGUCAGCGCAACAGCAGUCUCCGAGAGGGCUGGAAGCGCAGUUUAACCAACAAUGGAAGUACCAGUGGUGUGAGCAGCACCACCAGUGGCCAGAGUAACACCAGUAGUAGCAAUGCCAGCAUGGUAAGCACAGCCAGCAGUGCUACCUCCGCUGGUUCUAACUUCACCAACAACUCCAUAAGCCGCGCACACAGUGAAGGAAACCUGCCAACUGCAGCUGAGCGCAUCCGUGACUCUAAGAAACGGUCAAAACAAAGAAAGCUUCAGCAGAAGGCUCUGCGAAAACGACAGCUUAAAGAACAGCGUCAAGCACGUAAGGAACGUCUCAGUGGCCUCUUCCUUAAUGAGGAAGUGCUGUCCCUCAAGGUGACCGAGGAUGAGGACCAUGUUGAUGAUGUAGAUGUCCUUAUGUGACAGCAGUGAAUCCCUCAGUGUUCCCUCUAUGCCUAGAGCACCAGCAGCUUCCCACUACAUACUAACCCCUGUUCCAUCCCCUAUCACUUCUAUGUUGCAUGUCAAUUUUGCAUUCAUUUUGGCCAAGAGUUUUUUUUCCCCCAGCUGUUUUAUCUUUAAUUCUGACGUGUUUGUUUAUUUUUUUUUCUAUAUAAUGCUGAUCAUUUCCUAUCUUUAACUAUUGUUUACUUAUAGCCUCUGCCCUACUAGUCAGUAUAAUUGCAUUUGCCUUUAAACCUUUAAAAAAGGCAUAUAGAGGGAACACUGAAACUUUUCAAAUCAGGUCUAGAAAUCUUUUUGAAGCAAUGACGACCUGUCUUUCAGAAUAACAUUUAAUCCCAAAAUCAUCAGUACCGUUAUCCAAAAUGCUGUCAAAGCAUGGAAAAUGGAAUUGCAUUCCAUGGUCUAGUUUUAUACCUAUCUACAUUUGGAUUUCAGUUGUGUUCAAGUGUUAGAGAACCCUUGAGAAAAUUUACUUUUCUUCCGAGUGCAGUUAUUGCAUCAAUAAUGUUAUGGUAUGAGAUUGCACCACCCUAUUAUUAUUAUUAUUAUUAUAGACAUGUUUCAAUUGACAUUUCAUUACCCUGUAUUUCAUUGUCAUUAUGUUCCAAAAAUAUUAUGAGCAUAACUCAUGAGUAUCAAGAAGUGUAUUAAGACUGCAGUAAUAUGCAGUCAUGAAAUGUGUCAAUUAAGGGACUAAAGACAGAAAGCAUCAUGGACCUCCACAAAAGAUGCCCCAUUAUGCAUUUUGGUGGGUUUUAAAAUGUGCAAAAUGCUGCAGAAUGUGUGGUCAGUUGAAAAGUUCCCUUAAGCUAAGUUAAGGAUGAUGGAAUCGUAUAAAAUUACCCUAAUGUCUGAUGCAAUCACUGUAUUCAUGGUGGUCUUAAAACUUUUGAUCAUUGCAGUACUUUAUGAUUUCUCUACAUUCUGUGUAAGGUAAUUAAGUAUCUCAUGCACAGGUUGUACAAAAUGUCACUACUUUUUUUUGCUUUAUGUAUAAUUCACACUUUAGUAGUUUAUUGGGGUAUGUGAAAGGAGCAAGCAAUUACUUGGAGAAUGACAAGUUGAUAAAAUUCCAUGCUGAUCUUUUACUGUUGGAGGCUCUACCAGAUUUAUGUUAACAAACUUCAGUAGAAUUUCAAAACACACUACAAAUGGUUUAUUUGAAAUGGUCUUAAUGUGCCCUGUGGAUCAAUGGACUAUGAACAAUGAAGUUGUAGCUGUUUGACAUGUUGAUAAUCUGUCUAAAACUUCAUUUCUUAUGUACAGCUAAAAUGUAUGUCUUUGAACACAUUUUGUAUGAUAGAUAUAAAUGGUCAAUUUCACAAGAAAUGGAACAUUUGAGAACUAUAUACAUGAUUUUGCUUGAUGUUAAUAGCCAGGAAAUGUAGAGAGUAAAGAUGAUCUGUGUUCUUCAUAUUUAAAGCGCAUAUUUAUUUUUUGUACAUAGGUACAAAAAUAAGAUGUACAAUGUGUUUGUCUCAAAUAAACAUUUCUAUACACUGCUUUGAUACUUGUCCCAUCUAGCUGCAGAUGGAUGUUAAUAGCCAGGAUGGAUGCAGAUGGAUCCAGGACACUAUGCACCCUGAUAAAAUCCCCUUGGCCUUUGGAAUUAUCAACACCAUACCCUUCACAUACUAAGGCUUAGUUCACACUGGCAGUCGAAAUCGGAUGUCUUGCAUAUCCGAUCAGAGCCUGAUCUUUCUGACUGACUGUUCUCAUUGCAUAUUGCACGUGAUCACAUCCGAUCACAUCCGAUCUUGGCGUGCAAUGCUCAGAUCCGAUAUAAAUUACACACACCUGGAUUCAUUAGGUAGAGUUGUACACAACCAAGUCGUCAUGGAUGAAAGUGGAUUUAUUUUUUAUAUUUUCCAACUUAUUAUGCGUAGCCACGGCGCAAAUACCUCGUCACCCUUAACGGUACAGUUUUCCAUGUUUCACCAUAAAAUAAUGACUUGAGUCUGACGUUGGUUUUUGUUUUGCUGGUAGCCCUGGCGCAUGCGCUGAAUCAAUCAAUCAAUCACUUCCGUCACUCAGAAUUACGUUGCAAUUGUUUGUCGCAGUGCAAAUGACGAAAGGGGCAUGUUGAAAUCCUAUUCAAGUGGUUCGACUGUUCAGAUUGAGUCAUAUCCGAUAGUAAGUGAUAUUGAAACCACCUCCGUAUGUGGUGCGAAUCAGCAUUGGAAAAAUCGCGUUUCAUGCGGUUUUGUGCCGUUCAGACUACCCAAAAUUCAAGCUAGAUACAAUCCAGAUAAGCAAAAAAUCGGAUUUUGACUGCCAGUGUGAACAAAGCCUAAGAGUUUGGCAUGCUUAAUGUCAGUUAUUAGCUGUUAGCUAAUUAGCUGGUUUCAUUCUCAUUGAGCUCAAUGCAAUUCAAACCAGCUAAGCCAAGGGGGUUUUAUCAGGGUGUAUAGUGUCCUGGAUCCAUGAAAUAACUGGCCUUUAAAAAUAAAAACAAAAAUCCUCUUUGGGAAUUUCCAAUACUUAUGACCCCCUAUAUUUUCAGGAAAACAUUUAUUUAUUUAUUUACAAUACAUUAUUCAUUCACAAAGAAAAUUGAUGUCAUUAAAGUUUGAAUAUU